AUGGCAGCCCAAGCCGUCGCUAAUCUGAACCUCCGUCGCGGCCCGGCGCUUUCACAAAAAGUCGCCAAACGUCACCGAAAAAAGUCGCCAAAUGUCACAGGACAAGUCGCCGGCGGCCUCCUGAACCACUUCGUGACUCGCCACGCGAACGCCGCGUACGGCCUCGCCAAGAACGCCACGGACAUCGCGGCAGAGGGCGCCAGCAGCCUGGCCAAAGCCGCAGGCGACGCCGGCCUCUGCGAGUUCGUCUUCACCAACGUGACCACGGGAAACACGACCGUGGAGGUGGCUAGCUACGACCCGGCAGCCUGCGGUCUCUACAGCCUCUUCCCGCCCAUAAAGUACCUGCUGGUCCUCUAUAUCCUGGUCGGCAUGAUCUGGUCGCUCUUCGGCAACGGUUGCCUGAUAGGCGUCAUCAUGACGGACGAAGACAUGCGGGAGCCUGGCAACAUCUUCCUGUGCGCGCUGUCCGUGUGCGACAUCGCGCAGAACCUGAUGUACAGCCCCAGCACCAUGCAUAGCCUGCUGACGGGAGAACCCUCCGGCUGGCUCUGGAUCCGGAUCCAGGCCUUUCUGGUCUCCUACCUGUCCUGCCUCACCAUCUACCUGCAGGCCAGUUUAUUACUUAAUAAUAUCUUUAUUUCUCUGUCUCUGCCGCCCGGCACACCAGGAGGCACCGAGAGUACCGUCACCAUGUGCCUGUGCGGCUUCGGCGUCGUCAUCACCUGCUGCAUCGCCGGUCUCAUCUUCAAGGUUGCCUGUGACAGCCAGUCCAAGCACGACCAGAAGGUGGCCUGGGCCGCCCAAGCUGACCAGCUGCCUCGGAAGCUCAAGGCCGCAAAGACCUUCGGGAUCGUCGUCGGCGUGCAGUGGGCCUCCUGGAUGCCGCUCAUCAUCAUGGUGGCGACGCUGAAGUUUGUGGGCAUCUCCGAGCACACGGCGGCCAUCUUGGGUGACGUCACCUACAGCAUCAUGCAGACCUCGACCUACUCCGAUUCGAUCGUGUACGCCUAUCGUAACGAUAUAUAUCGCAAGGCCAUGAAGAAGGCCUACCGCAAGCUGCGAAGCGUCGUCAACGACUUCGAGUUCGAGUUCGAGAUGAGACCAAUGUAA